AUGGAGACUGUUCAAACUCCAAAUGAAAAAGAAGUUGUGAUAUCCCCUGUUGUCAGAACAGAGGAAGCUCAUGAAAAUGAUGCUGAAGCUAGUCACAAGAGAAAUCUGUAUGAGAGAUUUCAAAGAGCAGAAAGGGAGCUAGAAGAAGAAAAGCAGAAUAAAACUGGUAAUGAGUCUGAGAAGGGUGAAUUCGAGCAAUCUUUGCAGAUUCACACUAAAGCUAAUCCCAUUCAGAGCAUGGCUAAAGAGGACAGAAAAGAAGAUGCUGAAUGUGUCAAAAUCCUUAAAGAAUUGGAUAAUACUCUAAAGAAGAAUACGUAUGAGACUCAUGUUGCAAAUCUGAAUUUCUCCAAAUUUGAAAAGAAGCUCUUCAGUCAGCAAUCUGAAAUGAUGAGUCUUGAAAGACAAAUCAAUUUUGAUAAUCAUCGUGAGGUCUUGGAAUCAAUGGAAUUAUACAAGAAUCAACUCAUUGAAAUUCAAGGAAGUCUAAGAAGAACAUAUGGUGAAAGGUUGGAGUAUGCUGACUCCAUUACAAGAAAGUUUCAAGAGAAAGAGAAUGUUAAAGCUGCUGCUGAAAGAGAACAAUCCCGCAUCACCCAAGGUGAGCCUAGUAGAAGAGGGGACGGUGUAUCAACCGGCACCAGAUCUAAGCGAGCACCAACCAACGAUGAAAAUCCAAGGCCAACCAAAAGAGGAGGAGGUAGAAGUGGUGGUAAUCGCGGAGGCCGAAGAAGUAGUGGUGGUCGUGAUGGGAAAUCUGGUUAUGAUCAAGGAGGUCGUGCCAGUGGCGGUGAUCGUGGUGGGAGAUCUAGUAGAAGCGGUCGUGGUGGUCGCGCUCUUCCUCCUUUUCGCAAUCUGUUAACCGGUAAAGAGAUGACGGGUGAAGAGAUGAGCUAUGAAGGAACUCGAUUCCCCAUCGAUCCUCAAGUGAAAAGGGAAGAUAAUGAUUUUCUUUCUCUUACUUUGGUUUAA